AUGCCUUCCCCUAUCAUAGCGGACGCAGCUACGCGGCCCUACACCUCCGCCGACGAAGUGGCCGCCGCCCACGCCGCCCUGGUCAGGACCUUCGCCGCGGGCAGGACCAAGGACCUGCGCUGGCGCAAGUGGCAGCUGAAGCAGCUGUGGUGGAUGUUCGACGACAACGAGCGCGCGAUCGCGCAGGCGCUGGCCCUGGACAUGGGCCGGCCCGAGCUCGAGGCCCGCGUCGAGGUGGCCCAGGUCAAGGCCGAGAUCCUGCUGCACCUCGACCACCUCGAGGAGUGGGCCGCCGACGAGCCCGUGCGCGAGGCCGGAUUCCUCCUCGGGACGCUCGGCGGGGCGCGCGUGCGCCGGGAGCCGCGGGGCGUGGCGCUGCUGAUCGGCGCCUGGAACAUGCCGUUCAAGGUGACGCUGGCGCCGCUCGUCGCCGCCGUCAGCGCGGGCUGCUGCGCCGUGGUCAAGCCGUCGGAGCUGGCGGUCGCGUCGCAGAACAUCAUGGCCGACCUCGCGGCGCGGUACCUCGACCCGGAGGCCGUCCGCGUCGUGACCGGCGGCGCCGCGGAGACGGGCGGCAUCCUGGAGCUGCCGUUCGACCACGUCUUCUACACCGGCAGCGGCAGGGUCGGCCGGCUCGUGGCGGCGGCGGCGGCGCGGCACCUGACCCCGACGGUCAUGGAGCUCGGCGGCACGAACCCGGCGGUCGUGACGGCGUCGGCCGACGUCGACCUGGCGGCCAAGCGCAUCGCCUUUGCGAAGCGCGCGCUGGCCGGCCAGAUCUGCACCACGGUGAACCACAUCUUCGCGGACCCGGCGGUGCACGACGAGCUCGUCGAGAGGCUGGCAUACUGGACGAGGGAGCUGUGCAAGGACGACGAGGGCAGGCUGCAAGAGGUGUCCCAGACCGUCAGCGAGCGACAUUACGAACGGGUCACGAGGCUGUUGGAGAGCACCAAGGGUACAGUCCAUAGGGCGCACGAGCCGGACUCGAAGCGGAACCUGAUUGCGCCGACGACUGUGUCGGACAUCGGCCCCGACGACCCGAUCAUGAGCGAGGAACUCUUUGCUCCGGUCUGCGCCGUCCUGAAGGCGACUUGUCAGGAGGCUGUCGCCAAGAUCAACUCCAAGGACCGCGCUGAGAUCAACUACAUCCUGGACAAUACCAGCUCCGGCGGCGUGACCAUCAACGACACCUUCUUCCACGGCCUUGUCGAGGGCGCCCCGUUCGGCGGCGUUGGCGGCUCGGGCCACGGCUACUACCACGGCAAGCACGGCGUCCGCGAGUUCACCUACCAGCGCGCGGUGGUCGAGAUACCUCUGUGGCUGGAGCCUCUCCUCUCGUCGCGCUACUCUCUCGCGGCGGACAAGAACCCGAUGAGCCAGCUCGUGAAGCUGCCGCGCGGCCGUCGGUUCCGGCGGGGUGAGACGCUGCAGGACCAAGUUGUCGGGCAGAGAGGCCCAUCAGCGCCGGUCAAGCUCGCCCUUGUGAUAGCGGUCGUGGGGGUUGUGGGUAGCCAGCUGUUUCCGGCGAAGAUCGGCCGGUUCCAUGGCUUUGCGAGGUGGCUAGAAGCGACAGUUCGUGCCUGGUUGUGA